AUGGCACCAAACGCACUAGACGGACCGUUGAACGACAAGCCUUUUCACAUCGAGACGAGAUUAUUCAUCAAUGGAAAGUUUGUCGAAUCCUCAGAUAAACAGGUGUUCACGCUCCGCGCUCCUUCGACGCAUAAACCAGUUGCUGAAGUUUACGAAGCAAGUAUCGAGGACACCAACCGAGCGGUUGCUGCGGCAAAAGCGGCACAGCCGGCAUGGGCGAAGCUGUCCCCAACGAAACGUGGAGAGCCCAUGAAGAAGCUCGCCGCGCUGAUCCGCGAGCACCACGCCGAGCUUGCCUAUCUAGAAGCGGUGUCGAUGGGGCGACCAUUGCGCAGCUACCUUGACAGCAUGAUGGCUGCGGAAAGGUUCGAAGCAUAUGCCGGGGUUGCUAUUACUGCCAGGGGCGCUUCGAGUCUGAACACCCCUGGAUUCGUGAAUAUGACUCUGAGACAACCUUUCGGUGUAGUCGCAGCAAUCAUCCCAUGGAAUGUUCCUCUAGUCGCAUUCUCGGGAAAGGUUGCCCCUGCCCUAGCUGCGGGCAACACUGUUGUGCUUAAGAGCAGUGAAAAGGCUCCAUUAACGGUGGGUAUCUCUACUUGCUGGGUUGCCAAAGCUUUUAUCGCUAAUCAACAAGAACAGUCCCUCAAAGUAGCUCAGCUUGCCUGCGAAGCUGGCUUUCCACCUGGGGUGCUCAAUGUACUUUCCGGCCAUGGGCCAAUCAGUGGGGCGACGUUGGCUUCGCACAUGGACGUGCGUGCUAUCUCGUUCACUGGCUCUACCAGGACGGGAAGGGCAAUCCAAACAGCGGCAGCACAGUCCAAUAUGAAGAAUGUGAUCCUCGAGCUGGGUGGGAAGUCACCCGCCGUCAUUUUCGACGAUGCUGAUCUGGACGUGGCGGUUCCCUUAACUGCACGCAGCAUCCAAUGGAACAGUGGCCAGGUUUGUAUGGCAAAUUCACGCAUCUACGUGCAGGAUACCAUUGCAGCCAGGUUCAUCCCUCUGUUCAAGCAAAGCUUUGGCGCUGUUCAGCAAGGAAGCCCCCUGGAUCCGGCAACAGAGCAUGGGCCAGUUGCGGAUGAUCUCCAGUUCCGUACUGUCUCGCAAUACAUUGCAGCCGGCAAUGAGUCCGGGAAGCUAUCUCUUGGUGGAACUGCCAAGGACGGAUUUAUAGAACCAACCGUGUUCGAGGAGACGCAAGAAGAUGCGAAGAUUAUGAAGGAGGAGGUUUUUGGCCCUGUGGUAAAUAUCAAUAUUUUUCAUACCGAGGAGGAGGCACUCGCCAAGGCCAACGAUACUAUGUACGGCCUGUAUGCCGCUGUUUUCACCAAAGAUGUGAAUCGAGCUAUGCGUUUCGCCAAGGGCCUCGAAGCAGGGACUGUCGGGGUCAAUUGCACGUCUCCAGUAACCGCCCACGACUUAUCAUUCGGGGGAUGGAAGGCAAGUGGCAUAGGACGUGAGGGACUGCUGGACAGCAUCAACGCUUUUCUUGAGACAAAGAGCGUUUUGUUUAAGAUAGAAUAG